AUGGCAAACACAUCAUCCCAUUACACGUUGCUUCGCGAGGCUGCCUACUAUGAGGGCAUGUGGUACCUCUACCACCAAUUAGGGAUACAAUCGAACCUUGUCGUCUCAGCAAAGUACGCCUACGGAGAUGACAAAAACCGUAUCCUUACCAAGACGGCUGUCGUAGCUGCACUGCGGAAAGUAGUGGAAGCACACGCACGACUGCGCAUGGUAUUCGUCAUCCGGCCCUCGCCGAAAAGGGGCCACCACCGACUUCACAGUGCGAUGCUGCAUACCAUCAAUCUCGAGGAGUGUAUCCAGAUGGUUCCGGAUGAUGGCGAGACAGGCGUGGGCCCGUCACUCUUGGAGGAGAUUCAUAAUGAGUGGUUAUACACAGAGAAAGAGCCAAGCCGCCCCUGGUGGCGGGUAAUCCUCAAGGGCAACAAUGUGGUUUUCGUAAUGCACCAUGCUGUGGGGGAUGGAAAGUCUGCCCAGGUAUUCCACGCGGAAUUGAUGAAUGCACUGAAUUCCAUAUCUGAAUCAAUUGGGGAAUUGAGCGAGAAGGACAAGACUAUUGGUGAUAAAGACCCAAGUGGAAUUGCCUUCCCGCUCGAGCCAACAGAAAUCUCAGAUGUCAAGCCUGGACUCCUCUUGGCCAUAUGGGUACAGCUCAAGUUCUUCCUAAUGGGGCUAUUCAUCAGCAGCCGGCUUCUUUGGAGCACACUUCCACCUCAUAAGCCCUGGAUCAAAUCAGCGACAGCGGUUGCGGAACCUGCGCAACGCGUUGUAACUCGAGUGUCGUCCCGUCGGAUCGAAGCGCCUCAGAUGGCGAGAAUCCUUAACGCCUGCCGCGCCAGCCAUAUCACAUUCACAUCUUUCUUUGCCUCUAUGGCUCUCCACACUCUAGCGAACGACUUUUAUCCUGAUGCAAUCAUGGGAUGCAGUGGGGUACCGUGCGAUAUACGCAAAUUCCUACCCAUGUCAAAGAUCGGGGGCGGCACCAAAGCUGGCACAAUGAUGCAGGCGACGGGAGGACUCAAUAUCCAGCACUGGCUUGCUCCGUAUAAGAAAACUGUCGUCGAGGACUGGACGACAUUGGAAAGCAAACGACCCGCGUGGGACCUAGCAAGAGCUUACAAGGCUACGGUUGAUAAGCUCAUAAACGACGGCUCGAUGCUGAGGAUUUGGAAAAGCACCACCACUCUCAGCUCUGACCUGGAAGAUAUUGUCGCCAAGACGUUUCCAGCCAUCGGUAAUGUGACGCGGAAUGAUUUCGGCGUUUCCAAUCUCGGUGCAUAUUCGAACGAUAGGAUCAGAAGCGACCACGAGAUAGGUGCAGAGAAGCCGCAAUGGACAAUUGAGGACAUGCAUUUCUCAGUAGCCAGUACAAAUGGGAACUUGGCCUCGAAGGGCGUUAAAUUCAGCAUUGCUGGCGUGAAGGGCGGUGACACGGUCAUAAAUAUGUGCUAUAUUGACGGAAUUGUAACGCGUGAAAUGGCUGAGGGCCUGCUGAGUGGGAUCAUGUCUAGAAUCGAUGUGCUUGUAUCGGACUACACAUGA